CUCAAGUCGGUUUAAUUCUUCUGUCUGUCAUCAUGAAGGUCCUUGCUGCCCUCGCGCUGAGCGCCCUGGCCAUGGCCAAACCAACUCCUCCCAUGCUGGGCAUGUCUUUGGUCCAGACUGGCCCCCAGGAGACUCGCUGGGUCACCGCCAAAGAGAAGCAUGACAUGGUCAUGGUGAGUCUUGCUACAUUGCUUACAUAUAUGUAUAUUCUAACUAUAAUGUAGAACCACGUUGGCUUCUUUGACAUCACCAACCGACCAGAGACCGCCAGCAUUGCCUCCAAGCCCAAGAGCUAUGCUUUCCCUGGCAAUGUCAGCCACCAGGCCGAGGUCAAGCCUCUGAUCGAGAAGAUCUCUGCCGACCACAUCAAGGCCAACCUCGAGAAGUUCUCCAGCUACCCCAACCGCUACUACAACGCCCAGUCUGGCGUUGAGUCCGCCCAAUGGGUCAUGGAACAGGCCCAGAUGAUCGUUGGCAACAUCCAGGGCGCCAAGGUCGAGAUGGUCAAGCACGACUGGAUGCAGCCCAGCAUCCGUGCCAUCAUCCCCGGCAAGUCCGAGAAGAUCGUCGCUGUCGGUGCUCACCAGGACAGCAUCAACGGCAACAACCCCCAGGGCAAGGCCCCAGGUGCCGACGACAACGGCUCCGGCUCCAUGACCAUCCUCGAGGCUCUGAUGGUCCUUGUCUCUGACCAGAAGAUUGCUGGCGGCGAGGCUGCCAACACCCUUGAGUUCCACUGGUACGCCGGUGAGGAGGAGGGUCUGCUCGGCUCUCAGGACAUCUUCCAGCAGUACAGCCAGGAGGGCAAGGAGGUCGUUGCCAUGCUUAACCAGGACAUGACUGGCUACGGCGAGACCAUGGGCGUCAUCACCGACAACUCCGACCCCAAGCUCACCAAGUUCACCAAGAUGAUCCUCGACACUGUAUGUUUAUCCAUCUUGAUUUUUAUGGUAUAAUGCUAACGAUGGUAUUCUAGUACACCUCUGCCAAGUACGCUGACUCCGAGUGCGGCUACGCCUGCUCUGACCACGCCUCUGCCAACAAGGCCGGAUUCCCAUCUGCCUUCGUCUACGAGGCUGUUGUCGGCCAGGACAACCC